CGUGUGUGUGUGUCGCCUCUGGCCGGUGUGAGCUCCCUGCUUCUUCCGCAGCAUCCUCUCGCCGUGAUUCUCCUCCUCACACGCUGCUCGGACAGCUCACAGGCCGCCCACAGCUCACCGCUGCUACCAGCCGGUCUAGGCUCUGGUUCCGGUUCUGGCUGUGGUUCUGGUGUGUGUGUUUGUGCGGCUGUGAGACCCUCCGGUUCGUGUCAGAGGACUGCGUGAGGCAGGAGGCUGGAGGAGGGGCCGUUCUCCCGGGCUGACCCUCAUGUGUUCGGCGGGUUUGUUUGCGAAUCAGCGCGGCUAACAACUGCUAGCAUCAGCAGCUGCCGUUAGCUGACGCCGCGGCUCCGGCCGCCGCAGCCUCCGCGGCGGCGGUACGGCUCCAUACGGAGCUCGCGCAGAGGAGCAGCACAGGCCCCCACCACCACCGCCCCCCGGUGGAGGAGGCUCGCUGCUCCGCUAGCAGGAACGUUGCCGGGGGCCACCGGUCACUCAGGAUGCCCUUGUGAGAGUGGGCGGGGCUAACUGGCCCUAAGUUGGUGGUGGUUAGGAGAGGGCGGAGUUACAGCCCUUUGUCCCUCCCCUCUCCCCCUCCUCGUUCCUGUGACUCUGCAAACGGCUGGACGGAUUGACGGGUGUUGCUCUCCCCUCCUGCUCCUCCCCUCUCUCCCCCGGUCUCUCCACCUGUCUCCUCCCCCUCCCCUCCCUGCCCUGCCUCCCCCUGUCCCCCGCCACCAUGCUGUGGUCGUGCUGCUGGUGGAGAACCUGAGGACGUAGACUCUGGAGGGCGACCCUGCUCAGCCGCGGGACGUCUACCUGUCCCUGCUGGACCCAAACACCCUCGCAGAGUGCUGCCCCCCUGAUGGAUUGAUGCCUGAGAGCAGCUACUGGCAGCUCUGCCCUCCCUCAAAGUCUGGCCUGCAGGGGGGGUUGCUGAGCUCUAGUUUCCCCCCCGGGCCUGUGCCCCUGGUGCCGCCUGAUGCUCACCUGCAGGAAGGGGUCGACCCCCUGGUCCGGACACCGUCUCAGCUGCAGCAUCACCCCCUGGUGCCCAGCACCUCGGCGUCGGAGCUGACCCUCCCUGGAGCGGCAGCGACGGCAGCACCUCCCGCCCCCGGCCUCCCUCCGCCUCCGCCUCCGCCCCCCAAACGCCACUGCCGCUCACUGUCGGUGCCCGAGGACCUGUCGCGCUGCCGCUACACCUGGCGGCCCAGUGCCUCACGGGUCUGGACUCCUGUCAGCCGCCAGCAGUGCCACGGCGGGAUAGGAGGAGGUGUUACAGGCAUGGGGGCGGGGGUGGGAGGAGGGGUUAUAGGGGCAGGUGUAGCAGGGGGCGGAGCCUGUCCACUCCGCGCACCGAGCUCGUCUCUGAACUCGUCGCUGCACUCGUCGUCCAGCCCCACCUUCUUCAGCCUGGCGCUGUCUCCGGACUCUCCCCUGCCCUGGAGUUUCCCCUGGGAUCCCAGCGAGGCAGCGGCAGGUGGAGGAGCCUGCUGCUGCUUCUUCCCCUCCCCCUCCUCCUGCUCCUCCUCACCCUCCCCCCUCCACCCGCCUCCCCCACCUCAGCGACGUUUCUCUCUCUCUCCCGUGCUCAUCAGAGACUCGGCAGCUUCCACCUUCCUGCCUCCCCCUCCUGUGCCGAGUCAGGUGGCGGCGGCGGCGGCGGCAGCUCCUCCCCUGGGCGGAGUUCCUGCCACUGUCAGGGCGACCUCGAGAGGCCCGGUGCCCGCCUCGCCGUCCUCAGCCUGCAGCACGCCGUCCUCGCUGCGUCGCAGCCUCCCGCCACAGCUGCCGCGCUGCCACUCUCAGCCAUGUGACCUGCUGCUGCUGAAACCAGGUCUGAAGAGACGCCGAGAUCCAGACCGACCGUGUGCCCGACCCGUCCUGGACUUCACCAAGAUGACUCAGACGCGCAGCAUCGACCCUCAGUGUCUAGAGCGCGGUGGCGGCAGAUUGGCGUGCGGUGGCGACAUGUGCAUGGGCAUGGAGGCGUUCAUGGGUGACUUCCGGCGCUCGUGCUCUCCGGCCGAGUGUCUGGGCAGGACCAGCAUCGGGCCGCUGAGCGAGAGUGACGAGGAAUGUCGCGAGGACGACGAGGACGACGAGGACGACGGCGAGGAGGAUGUGGACGAGCGCGAGGCGGCGCAGCAGGCCGUGUUCGAGAGAGACUGUACAGAACUGGACUUGAACUUAAUAGAAGAAAACUGACGACUUGGUAAAUGAAGGCUGUACUCUGUUUCCCCUUUUUAUAGUUUAGUUUUAUUUUGAAAGGAUCAGACCCCGCCCCUCCUCCUCCCCCCACUUCCUGGAUGCCCUGGUCUCAACACUCGCCGCUUCUUUGCCACCAAUCAGCAAAGCUCUCAGGGAAAAAAAACACCUUCUCAUCAGAUGAGCAGCGGUAAAAGAAGCCGACUGAACACGACAGUGAUGAUGUGACUACGUCGCACGCCGGUCGCCGUAAACCACGUUCGCCACGGUGACGGGAAACCGGGGACACAGAGUCGCAGCCGGCAGAUUUUCUUGCGACUGGACUCGGACCGUGGUGUUUUCCCGCCACGUCAUGGCGUCCAAGUGUCUUCCAGCACGUACCGACCGACUAACGCGCCGCUGCCGCUAAUCUGACGCAUCCACGCCGCGCCUGGCAACCAGGUUUAAAGGGUCAGUUCACCCAAAAUCAAGUUUAACUACAAACAAAUCCACGUUGUCAAAAACUUCAUACUGUCGUUGCAUUGACGGAUAUUUUGAUUUGUAACAAAUGAUCUGUUGUUUUUUCACAGUCGAUAUCCCAGGAUUUAUAGAAUAAUUCUACUUCUCUUUCACCAGUGUCCGUUGACAAUAAUCGCGAUACCGACACUAAGAAAUUGUACCUGCCUGUCCCCAAUGCUAAGCUAACUGCCCUCAAAAUAAAGCAGGUACUAGCACUUCCUUGUUCUCACUCUCGGCCACGCCCCUCUCCUCCUCAUAAGAAUCACGACAUCGUGGAGUCGUGUUGUCUGGAGUGAACUGAUUUUACGAAAUGACGCAAUGAAAGUGACCUCGGAGUUGUGAUGUGUUCAGGUUCACCGGUGCGGCGUCAUCAGGUUCCACUGAGUGCAGGAAGCCACUGAUGCUGUCGAUGGACCGAGUGUUUGCACAUUCCCGACACGCACGCACACACCCGUCACCAUGACAACAACCCACUCUGUGUGUGUGCGUGUGUGUCUGUGUGUUUGGUCAUGUGACUUGUAUCCAUUGAUUACGUAAGAGAGUAAAUACUGUUGGCUGAUUUCUUUACGAUUAUCCCGACUAAAGUAAGUGCAACAAGAUUAUUGCGAUAAUUAUGAAAAAAAAUAAACGGCUUUGUCACGUAAAAAACAAACACGAAAACGUUGGAUGCAUAGCAAUGUCUUGUUUCUAAACAAAAACAGUUACAGUUUUUUAAGGAAGGGUGAAGGGGGUGUGUGGGUGUGACAGUAGGGAGUGGGGCAUGUCACGUCAUAAUGGAGUCAUGAUUAUUGCCUCGUUCGCAGUGUCAAAUUAAAUAAAUAAAUAAAUGCGUAAACGUUUGCAUUCAUGAUCGGGUUUCAUCUUAAACUGCCGAAAACGAAAGGGAGUCUGGAUUAAAUCUGGAUGCUGAGGAGUCACAGAACCACAGUGUGUGAAUGGAUGACUGAAUGAACCACCCCCCCCACACACACACACACACACACACAGCUUGACUGAUGUUAGCGAACCACCUGAUUGUUCCUGUUUUUCUCCCUCACUUUUGCUCCAUCACAGUCUGUUCUGUCAUUUAAAGGGACAGUUCUUUCUUUCUUUAUUUAUUUAUUUAUUUAUUUUUUACUUUAUUACCGAAAAUUCCGGAAAUUUUGUUAUCUGCUUAAAGUUGGGGUUAAAGUUCUAAACCAAAUGUGAAAAAUCCUGUUGAAUUCAAAAGUCCUCAGUCAUAACCAUCAGCAGGUAGUCCAGCAGAGGGCGCUGUGAGCUAAUCUCAGCCUCGGAUCCACAUUGAACGUCCUGUCUUUGCAUUUUCGGAGAAUACAAACUUUUGUUUGUUUUGAUGUAGAAAAAAGACACGCAACAUGAAUAAAAUAAAUUUAAAAAAAUGCGAAAUUGAAGCGCCUGAAAAGGUCUCAAAAUCGCGAACUCUCCCUUUAAAUUUGUCACAAUAAGAGAAAAAGUCCCGCAGGUAUAGGAACAAUUCAACAUUUUUGGUCUUCUGUCACAAGUUGUUAACCUUGCGUAGCUAAACACCUGUUUGCUUGUUCAUUGUUGGAACUUAAUCAACGCCACCGUUAGCUUUUAAGCUGGAGUUUGUCUUCUGAUAGUAAGCUAUUGUUGGCUUAAAUGCUCAAAUACCAUAUUGAACUUCCUACCUGCUGACGUUAGCAUUCCAAUGUUAGCAAGGGUGAAUGAGCAACUGAUCAUUAUACAUGAUAAACAUCAGUAAUUUAGUGAUGUUAGCAUGCUGAAACAUCAGCCAUUUAGGGUUGGCGUAAUGUUAGCUAACGUAUUUGUUCUCCCCCCCCCGUCGCCAAUGCUAGGCUAACACUGUUGCAGAUCAGCAGACUUCUUUGUAAUCAUGUGACUCAGAUCAAACUGUUGAACUGUUCCUACUAAUGUUAGCAGUAGGUGGUUUGCCUCUGUUAGCUUCAUACGUCAAUGACAAACUGUUUGCGACAUAAAAAUGGUGCGUUCCACUUCGUAGACGGAACUAGGAAUUUAUUGGAGUUUUAUGGGGUGUUCCUGAGCUUAGAAACACGUAGUGACCCCGACAUCGUACAAGCACUGCGACUUUUAAUGUUAAUAGCACUUCUGUUGUAUUUUUGUUUAAAUCAAAAACACAUCGUGUUGUUUACGUUAGGAAUGCAGCAUAGAGCGUUUUUAUUGACUGGUGUUGCUAACAGUAAUUAGCCUGGAAUUCAUUGGCGUCCAUGUUUGUUUGUUUUUUUCCGACUUUUCACACUCAGUUCCGAAUUCCGACAAAGGGAACGCAACAAAGGUUUAAAGGGCCAGUUCAAGUUAAUUUGAAAUAAAGAAGAGAAAAUAAUGUGUUUAUGAAGGAAUGUCCCUUUGAAACACACACACCACCGCCCCCUGCUGGUCUGUUGGUUAGUUUCUGUUGUCCAUGAUUCAGCAAAAAGCCUUAACUGAACAAACUUGUGUAAAUCAAAGUGUUAAAAAAGAAGAAGCGUGUUCUGUAGCUGUUUCACUUUUUAGUCCCACAUUUUUAUUUUUCAUGUUUCUAAUCUGACGUUGCGUUGAAGGACAGAGGACAAAAAAACCAGGACUGAGGAGCAGCGUUGGCGCCGAGACUCGUCGUCUCGCGUCUUUUAGAAAAUGUUUUUUAUUGUAUGUGAUGAAAAGGAAAGAAAAAAAAACAACGUGGCAAUUUGAAAAAAAGGCAGUUUGUGAAUAAAUUAAGUUUAAUGAGAAUUAUUUUACAAAGAAAGUGGAAA